AUGUUUAGACACCGCAAGUCUCGAAGUGGCCAGAACAUUUCUUACACUGGAGUAAACCAUGUUGCUCCAUCUUCAAGUCAGCCCAAUUCCAAUGCAUUGGCUGCUGCUUUGACCAUUGGCCAUUCUAUAAAGCCCGAAAAACAAAAUACCAACAUCUCCCGCUCCAAAUCUUUACAAUAUAUCCGUAACAAUCCUCCUCCAAUUCGAAGUAAUAAUAAUCAUACUAAUAAUGGCUCGAGCGGGAGUCUUCUUAAACGUAAUCCUUCCCUAACUAGCUCUCCCAAUAGUGCUAGGUUAUCUCAGCCGGUUAAAUACCGCCAACAUACUCCAGAUAGUGCUAACAGUAGCCAUAUAUAUGAUAUAGAUGAUACUUUUGAUGAUUCUCAUUAUGAUACUUUUAGCCAAGGGUCUUUCGAUAAUAAUUAUGUCAAAAUGCAAGAUUUAAAAUUAUCUCACCCGGUCCCCACCGGUUCCAAUCACACUUUUUCUUUAUCUAAAAAACCAUUACAAAAUAGUAACACCUCCGUUAAAACUGUUAAAAAAUAUAUCCCAACUCCUAAUGGUAUUAAGAUCAUAGAGGUUCCCGAAGUUACUUUACAAAAAGAAAUUGAUAGACACAAUUCCAUUAGAUCCGGGGUUAAUAUUCCUACUAGAACCAAUUCAUUAAACAAAAAUAAAAUUUCAAGAUCAACUUCAUUACUGAAAAAUAAAUCUCCCGUUCAAAACAAAACUAGUAGACCUUCUUCUCGUUUAUCUAGUUUGGACCAAUCUUUCAUAAUACAAGAAGAUCCAGAACCUAAUAAUUUUAAUGACUACGAUCAAAAAAUGCGUGAAUUAGAAGCUCAAAUCAAUCAUGAAAAACAAUUAGCUAAAGAUUACGAAUCAAAACGUUUGGAAUAUGAAGAACUAAGAUUAAAUAGAUUGAAAAAUGAAAAAAAUUUAUUAGAAUUAAUGAAGGCUGCCGAAAAAAGCCCCCAAAAAGAAUCUAUCCCAGAGGAAACCGAUCAAGAAAUCGAGAAAGCAGUUAAAGAAGAAGACGAUGUUGAAGUUCCUAUCGCAUCUGUUCCUAAAGGUGUUGAUGAACUCGACCAAAAACAUCCUGUCCAACAAGCAACAAUUAAUGUUCCUAUUAAUAAACCAGAAUUAGAAACUGUUGACACUAGCAGCUUAAAUAACGCCGAGACAACAGUUGGAGAUAUCUCUACAAUCCAAGAAGAAGAAACCAAGAAAAGUCCUUUAACCAAGAAUGCUGAAGAUGAAUCUGUUCCCGAUGCAGCUAUUGAUCCAUCAGCUGUUGUGGUUGAUGAAUUUGAGAAAGAACAAAUUCGUCGUAAUUCAGCAGUUGAGGAAGAAUCAGGUUUAACAUCAACUCAACCAACCACCGCCGACGAAAAGUUAACUAAUGGUUUUGUCGAUAAUAAACAUCCAAAUCAAGUUUCUGGCUCGAACACUGAAAUUGGCAUUAUCAACCGUUACGGUCAUAUGGAAUCAAACGAAUUAAUCUCUCAAAAACCUUUCAAAUCUGAUGUAACUUCUUCAGAUUACAGUGAGGAAUCAGCCGACGAAUUGGCUUCCAAAUCUUCCUCAUCCAUAGCGAAACAAUUGAGACCGAAAUUUGAUAACGUUCCGGAAAUAAUCGAUGAUUCGCAUUCUAAUGCUUCUAAUCGCUUGAUUGAUGAAAAACAAAGCAGUGAUACUUUACAACUCCCUGCUUCAAUUACUGAAAAUGGACUUAGUUCUGGUUCUUCUAUCAGUAGUGUUGAUUCUAGCUCUCAAUCUAAAAAUAAAAGACCAGUCAAGUCAGCUAUGAAGAACUCAAGCUCUUUUUACAGUUCAACCAGUAAUUCUUCAAAUAAUGGUACCUAUAAUCCAGCUAAACAAGCUUAUAUCUCAUUAACAACUGCAGAAAAUACUAGAUUAAAUUCAAAAUUAUCCUCUUCACAAUUAGCCGAUAUCAAUCUUGCUAAAGGAUCCCAACAAUAUCCAUCUACCAGUCCAAACCGUCGCUCUGUUCAAGCCACUCCGACAAAACAGAACAAUCAACCCCAAUCACCUCAAAACCAAACUCCACAAACUCCAGUUGUAGCAGGAAAUGGUAAUAUGUCAGGCAGAUCAUUGCGUCCACAUUCUGUUCAUGGUGCCAACUUCGAUCAUGAUAAUCAUCAAAAUCGACAAUCUGGCCUUGGUGGUGGAUCAAUGAGUAAUCGCACAUUGAGAGAUCGUUCAUCCGUGUAUGUCCAGCCUAUUGCGGCCCACCCUGCCUCAAACCCAAAUUAUCAAUCACCAUCCAAAACUAAAGCCGCUGAAUUAUACGCAAAAGCUAAUGCUAGGCCGAUUUCUGUGUUUAACCCUCAAUUAACUAGAAAAUCAUCUUUCGAUAAAGGUAAUGAUACUAAUCAAGAAAAUCCAAAAUCGCCUAAGCAGAACCGCCAUAGUCACCACUACCCAGCUCCACAACAACCAAGACAACAUAGGACUACCUUACGUGAUAGCGUACCAGCACACAAUCCACAAAGUCAAUAUCAAACUCAGACUCAUGCUCAACCUUCAACCCAGUUACCUGCUCAAAAUCAAGCACAAGUCCAGGCACAAGCGCAAUUACAUGCACAAGCACAAUUUCUCGCACAAGCACAAUUUCAAGCUCAAACACCACCAGCACCUCAACAGCAGCGUGCUCAUCUUAAGCAACUUCCGCAACAGAAGUUCCAAUCUCGAAUUGCUGAUUCAGAUGACGAAGCUGAUCACAGCAGAGGAGAUUCAGGUAAAGGAUUCGUUUCAAGAUUUGCCGAUUCAGAUAAUGAAGCUGAUGAUUCUCAUCCUGUUUCUACACAGGCUCAGGAUUCACCUUCGAAUCAUAUAACCACAUUACGUCAACAAGAUGGACCUGAAAAUAAUUUUGGAUCGAAAACUGGUAAGAACAUUGAUGCAGCAGAGUUCAAAAGUAGUCAAAAGAAACCAAGAAAGAAGAAGUUCUUGAAAAAAAUCUUUGGUAGAGAUUGA